UCAGAGGCAGCAUUGGCUGAAUGCACUUAAAGUAGGAGAGAGAAACAAAAGAGAAUGAUAAUGCAGUACUUCCUCUGGAGUCUAAUAUCACAUUACAGCACAUGGCUGAGGCAGAAAGGAUGGUGGCAUCAGCAUGAUUAAUGAUACAGGCUAUUUACAAUAAACAUUUGGGUUAUUUACAACAUUUAAAACAAAGGCUGGGGAUUCAGUAUAGGAUGUUUACAACCAUUUUGAGAUAAGGACUUAUAUAAAAUAUACUGAGUCACGGAUAAUCAGUACGUACAAAAUGACAGGUAAAGACUCUUUAAUGUUGCUUUUCUGCAUGGCUAAAAUACGCCUCCUUUAAGAAAAGAGCUAGAGCAGUGAAAAUUUUUAUUUCCACCAUCAGGGAAAUAAUUACGAAUUUCCAAAUCAACAUUGAAUGUAAUAAAACUGCAUGGAAGAGGACGUGUGUCUGUAUCAUACUAAUGCAUGGCGAGAAGGAGAGUUUGAGUGGCCAAAGACUCUCCAAGGCCCACAACUAGAGCAUUGCAUUAGUCAGAAAAUGUGUUUUUUUUGUCAAACACACAUACAUCGCCACAUGUUGUUUGGGGGAGUUUCAAGAAUGAUUAUUCUAGCUCAUCCAAAAACAAACUUAAACACUGUAAAGGAUGAUGCACUGUUAACUUAGUUUGAUCAGGUUUUUAUAACUUUCUGUUACUUGAGGCAUUGCGAUUCAGUAAACUUAACUGCUUUGUGUUUAAUAAAAAAGUCCAAUAUGCGCACUGUUUCAGCUUACAAUACAAAUAUUAAUAUGACAAGUUCUCACAUUCGAAUGCAAGCUCUCGAGUUUUGUAACAGAAAAACCUUCAUACUUUACUUUUAUACACUGUUUUAUACACUGUUAAUUUUAUUUAUAUAUUCCCCUAAUGUGUAAUGAAAACAAACACUGUUUCAGUCUUUCUAUUUUAAAAUGUCCAAAUUUCUUUUCUUUUCAAACCAUUUCUUAAAUUUACUAUCAUUUUCUGAGAAAAAAAAGCUGAUUUGAAAGUAAUGUUUCUCCAGUGUUUAGCCUACUGCUUUGUUACACACGUUAUAUGUGUAGUUAUAUAUUUUAUGUGUUAGGAAAUGAACAUUUGUGCAUUCUUUUUACGUCUGAAACUAUGUUUAGCUACAGUUUAUGUUUGUCGGUGAUGUCAAGCAUAUUUUUCGUAAGCACGGUAAACAUAAUGGAAUUAGAUGUACGUCUCAAAUGAUCCUGGAACUAUGAAUAAUGUUCACACGCGAAGUUUAGCUCUCGGCGUGGAGCAGAACCGUGUUCUUUGUAGAUCGGAAUAACGCAUCGCCCCCGCCCCGAUAUAACGCUCGGCGCGGAUGGAGGGGGAUGCUGGACGCGCUGCGUACCGAUCAUGAUGAUGAUGAUGAUGUAAUAAUCGCACGCUCCGCUGGUUCUAGUGCACACUAGAAUCCUCACGCUCGCGACCCGGCCAGAGUGAUGUCAUCAUCGGUACCGUGAACCGUGCUUAGGAAUUUUCACCCCGCGAACGUGCUGCUCAGCGCGGCCUCCAUGAAGACAAACCCCGGGACUGCGGCGCUGAUGGCUGUUGCGGACGGGACUGCAGCAAGCUCCCUUCAGCAUCGCGGCUGCGACCCCUGCGCUCCGACAAGCGGCAAAGCCCGGGCGACCGAAACGCGCGCGAGAGCGUUCUAUACGGAAUAUCUGUCGUCUUAACGGGGAUUCAAACUCCUCGUGUGACUGACAGCCGGUCGUUGAGCAUCACCGAUCGUCUGCGCCCUUUUGGGACUUUUUUUGGUUAGUGUCUACCCUUGAAAAUCGGUGAGAUCCGUCUUACUCGGUGCCUGUGCUCUCUCCCCCUCGCGCUUACCGGAGACUGUCCGCUCGCUGCGCACCCGGAGGCCACAAGUGCCUGUUUUUCUCCCGCUAGAUUCACCAUUGAUGGAAACUGAUGCCCUGUUGCCUUCCCUCGUCCGUUUCUACCUCUGCAGCCGUUGUUUCUCCUUUAGUAACGCGACUAGGCCCCCGAGUCCAGUUAAACAUCUCAAAUGAUGACUCUUUGAUGGAUAAAAUGACAAGAGCGGAUCAUUUGUAUUGUGUUUUGGUCUUUUGGAUGUCGGCGUAGCGACUUUGCUGUGUGUGUGUGUAAUCUUCUGGAUCCGACACCCAGGUGCGCGAGGAGGGCAGCUGUCUCGAGAGCAAUAAACGCCCGUUAUUUUAAGGGACCGCGCGCGCUCCUCUCAGGAUGGCAAAUGAACCCGUUAUUCUUAAUGUGUAUGACAUGUACUGGAUAAAUGAAUACACCUCCACUCUGGGUAUUGGAGUCUUCCACUCAGGAAUAGAGAUUUAUGGCAGAGAGUUUGCAUAUGGCGGCCAUCCAUAUCCCUUCAGUGGCAUUUUUGAAAUCAACCCUGGAAAUGCCUCAGAACUGGGGGAGACUUUCAAAUUCAAAGAGGCUAUAGCUCUGGGUACAACAGACUUUGCAGAGGAGGACAUUGAUAAAAUAAUGGAGGAGCUGGGAAAGGAGUUCAAGGGGAACGCCUACCACCUGAUGCACAAAAACUGCAACCAUUUUUCUUCUUCGCUGUCUGAGUUGCUGUGUGGUAGAGAGAUCCCACGCUGGGUCAAUCGGUUGGCGUAUUUCAGCUCCUGUAUUCCAUUUCUGCAGAGUUGUCUGCCUAAAGAGUGGCUCACACCCGCAGCGCUCCAGAGCCAUAUCAGCAUGGGCCUUCGGAAGGAGAACACACACUCACACACACACGAUUCCAGUGAUGACGAGCCGUCGUCUGCUACGGAGGCGGCCGCUGGAACAUCACACAGCUGCAGGCACACACGCGUGUGAUAUUGCAUAUAUACUUACAUGCAGUAUUACACUAAUUUGAACACACACACACACACACACACACACAAACACACUCCAACCUCUGAUCCUGCUGCUACAGCGCCUCCUGCUGGACUGGAUGAACACCAGACCUCAAGGCCUCACUAAAUGAGGAAAUCAAAGUCAUGUUUUUCAGUAGAGCCUACAGGGAUUUAAAAACCUUGCAAUGGUACUCUUCAAGUUUUAGAAUUGUUUAAUUUUUACUAAGAUUUUAGGGAAAUGAAAACAGUGUUUGCCAUUUAGUGUUCUCUCUCUUAUAAGUGCAUAGGACAAUAUGAAUGAUGGGCGAUCAUAAUGGACUGCCCCCUGCUGGUGUGUGACAACACUACAGGCCCCUUCCUCAUAAAUCCUAAACUUUUUUUCUUUUAAUCUCAUCUGGAUGUUUUCCAGAUUUAGCCGAGUUUGCUGUGUAUUAAAAUAUUUUGUGAUGGAAUAAGCUUGUCAUCUGAAGAAGAACUUACAUUCCUAACCUUAUUUUUUUCCUCAGUGACUUUAGUAAUAUUAAUCUGAUUUAAUUAGAUGAUGUCUAACUAAUGUCAUCUUUGGUUUACACUUAUUUAAUUUUAGCUCUCUUUUUAUAUUGUAGUUUGCGAGGUUUGCAAUGAAUUUACACUAAAAAGGGCCAACGACACCACGUGUCUCACACACAAUGACAGCAGUUGGAAAUUGCAGCCUUAUAACUGUAAGCCAUUGAUAUGCUGGACUCAACUGAAACAAAAGACCCCUGUUGUUCAGGCAUUGAGGACACAAAGGGGCCAUUUGAGAGGGUGGUGUUGAUGGGGUGGGUGGGAACGUGUGGGUGGGGUCUGCACAUCAGGUCUGGUAUCAGUACUGUACAACAGUGUUGUGAUUGAAUGCAAUGUCUGAGUGAUUAAGAGAAAGAGAGUGCAAAGGUGUUAAUGGUCAUUUCUCUUGACUUUAAUAAUUGUGGUUUCUGGUUUUUAAAAGUGCUGACUGAAAGGAAUAAUGUUCUUGUUAAAAUGAGUCAUCCACAACUCACUCAUAUAUUUUUACCCUGGCUUUCAGUCUGGAGUAGUCAACGGUAGUUGCCAGAAGUCAGAGCGAGAUUUCACAAACAAAAAAAAAACAGUAUGAUAGUCACAGACCCUUUUUUACGAGUGUGAUCCCAUCAGAGGCUCAGACAUGUUUGAGUGGCAUUCGGCAUGUAUACUCAGUCGUUUAGUGUAGGAUGCUCAGAUUUUCUCUGUAACCAUUUAGAAAGUGUGUAAUGAAAGCGUAUAAUGCCUGUUGUUUUAAAAUCUGUUCAGAUUCUGAAAUGUAUUCCAGCCUCAACAGUACUUUAAGGCCACACCAAAAAGUAUUUUCAGUCGUCAGGCAAUAGUCCUUAGUGAAGGUAGACACCAUAUCUAAUUAAAAUAACUUAUGGUCCUAUGGCAAUUUUCAUGUUUUACACAAUUUUUUUUAUUAGAAAAGCAUAUUUUUAGUAUUUUGUCUGUUGGAUCAACAGCAAAGUUACCAAUAUUUCAGUGUGUCUAUUCGUUAAAUAUUAAAUAUGGUGUAUACCCCGACUACGGUCCAUAUCAAAGUAAAUAAUGCAUCUCUCAGUGUUAUUUUGACCUUCUAUACCAUUUUGCCUCUAGAAGCCCAUCUUCUCUUCUGUCUCUCAGGAUGGCAUGGUAUUGUAGAUGGCAACACAGGUGUUUCAUGAGUCAAAUCUAUAGGAAAUAUGUUUUUGGUGACAUAUUUAUAAAAUUUUAUAUUUGCGAUAUGAUUACUGUUAUUUUGUCAAAGUUAUUACCAACAUGUAGAGCCUAAUUCUUAUAAUGCUGUUUUUGUUUAAUUUAAUCGGAGGCCACAACUGAGAUUUUUUACUAGUUCAGCGAAGCCCCGUUUUGUAGGCAUCACCCACUGAUGCCAUUUCUAGCCUCGAUUAGUACGUCUUGUUUUGAUGUGAUGGACAAAUUUCAGACAUUUACAGAUGAAUAGAGAAUAAAGAAAUUAAAACUUU